AUGCCGGUCUCUAUCGAAGAGUUGGACGCCACUGUCCGUGCCUUCUAUGAGGGCCGCGGCGAACAGUUCAAGGAAGACUCUGAUGCCUGGUUGAUGGUCGACGAUAUACUCUCGAAGGCGAGCUACGAACAGACGAAAUGUUGGUUUCCGAUUCUUAUCCGGGCGCAGAGGGGCUGGGUCUGAGGUGAUACUAACUGCGACAUCUAGUCUUGGGUCUCCAAGUUCUCGAUCAUGUCAUCAUGACGAGGUGGAAGGUUCUGCCACGAGAGCAGUGCCAAGGUAGGUUACAGUGGUGUGUUGUUGGCCAUGCUCGGGAGCUGUGGACUGACAACUGUCUAGGCAUCCGUAACUUCGUCGUUCUAACCAUCAUGCAAUGCUCUGGCUCUGAGGAGUCGCUCAAGGCGAACAAGACACUACUCAACAAGCUGAACCUUGUUCUCGUGUCUGUCUUGAAGCAGGAGUGGCCUCACAACUGGCCUACAUUUAUCAACGAGAUCAUCUCCGCCUGCCACUCGAGUCUGUCAGUCUGCGAGAACAACAUGACGAUUCUGAGACUCCUCUCCGAAGAGGUGUUCGACUACUCAGCCGAGCAAAUGACUUCCACCAAAACCCGCAACCUCAAGACAACGAUGUGCAACGAGUUUUCCCAGAUCUUUACGCUGUGCCAGGAAAUCCUCAACAGCGCGACCCAACCAAGCCUCAUCAAGGCCACCCUCCAGACACUGUUGCGCUUCUGCAAUUGGAUUCCCUUGGGGUACAUUUUCGAGACGCCACUCAUCGACACCCUCAGGACCAGAUUCCUCGAGGUGCCCGAAUUCCGGAAUCUCACUCUCCAAUGUUUGACGGAAAUUGGUGGUUUGCAGACGGGAGGUCCUGGCCAGGUCAACUCUUAUGACGAACAGCUUGUCAAAAUGUUCACCGAAACGUUGACGCAAAUUUCCAACAUUAUUCCUCUGGAGAUGGAUCUCAAGACAACGUAUCCUCAAAGCAACUCUCGUGACCAGGAGACUAUCCAGAACCUGGCGCUUUUCCUGUGCAACUUCUACUCCGCGCAUCUACCCUUGAUCGAGAACCUUCCCAACCGCGAUUUCCUCACCCACGGUCAUUUCUACCUCAUCCGCAUUUCACAGAUCGACGACCGCGAGAUGUUCAAGAUUUGCCUCGACUACUGGCUUAAACUGGUGCAGGAGCUCUACGAGGAGAUGCAGUCGCUACCUUUAUCCGACAUGACGGCUAUGAGCGCCUUGGGUGGUGGCGGCGGUGCCCCCAAUCCAGCACUGCUCAACAACUACCCGCUCCGCAAGCACAAGUACAACGAAGUACUGUCGAACCUGAGAGUGGUCAUGAUUGAGAAGAUGGUCAGGCCUGAGGAAGUCUUGAUUGUGGAGAACGAUGAGGGAGAAAUCGUUCGUGAAUUUGUCAAGGAAACCGACACUGUUCAGCUCUACAAGACGAUUCGCGAGUGUCUCGUUUACCUCACCCAUCUCGAUGUCGUCGACACCGAGAACAUCAUGACUGAGAAGCUGUCGCGACAGGUCGACAGAUCCGAGUGGUCAUGGCACAACUGCAACGUCCUCUGCUGGGCCAUUGGUUCCAUCUCUUUGGCCAUGAACGAAGAGACGGAGAAGCGUUUCUUGGUGACCGUGAUCAAGGAGCUCCUCGGUCUCACCGAGAUCCAACGUGGCAAAGACAACAAGGCCGUUGUCGCCAGUAAUAUUAUGUAUAUUGUUGGACAGUACCCUCGCUUCUUGAAGGCUCACUGGAAGUUCCUCAAGACGGUCGUCAAUAAGCUGUUCGAGUUCAUGCACGAGUCUCACGAAGGUGUUCAGGACAUGGCUUGCGACACUUUUAUUAAGAUUGCGAAGCAGUGCAGACGUCACUUCGUCGCUCUCCAGCCAAGCGAGAAUGAACCCUUUAUUGAAGAAAUCAUUCGAAAUCUUGGGAGGAUCACUUCCGACUUGACUCCCCAGCAGGUGCACACUUUCUACGAGGCCUGCGGUUACAUGGUGGCUGCCCAGGGCAACAGGAAUGUUCAGGAGCGCCUAUUGACUGAGCUCAUGAGCAUCCCAAAUACCGCCUGGGACCAGAUCAUUCAGGCGGCUACCCAGGACUCCACCAUCCUCCAGAAUGCCGAUACCAUCAAGAUCAUUGGCAACAUCAUGAAGACCAACGUCUCGGCCUGCUCCUCCAUCGGCACAUAUUUCUUCCCUCAGAUCGGUCGCCUCUAUAACAACAUGUUGGAGAUGUACGCUACCACCAGUCAGCUGAUUUCGCAGGCUGUCGCCCGCGAGGGUGAAGUUGCGACCAAGAUGCCCAUCGUUCGUGGCCUGCGGACCAUCAAGAAGGAAAUUCUCAAGCUUGUGGAGACCUUCAUUGACAAGGCUGAGGAUCUCCAGACAGUGCGGGCCCAGAUGGUUCCCCAACUUUUGGACUCUGUCCUCGUUGACUACAACCGCAAUGUUCCUGGCGCCCGUGAUGCUGAGGUCCUCAGGUGCAUGACCGCCAUGAUCACAAAGCUCUCUGGGUUGAUGGAGGAUCAGGUUCCAGUCAUCAUGGAGAAUGUGUUUGAGUGCACUUUGGAGAUGAUCAACAAGGACUUCUCCGAGUUCCCGGAGCACCGUGUCGAGUUCUUUAACCUGCUCCGCGCCAUCAACCUCCACUGCUUCCCCGCCCUCUUGAAGCUCGACAACCGUCAGUUUAAAUUUGUCAUCGACUCGUGCCUGUGGGCCAGCAAGCACGAUAACCGCGAUGUGGAAACUGCUGGUCUUAACAUGUGCCUGGAGUUGAUCAACAACAUUGCGGAGAAGACAGAUGUUGCCACAUCGAAUGCGUUCUUCCAGCAGUUCUUCAUCCCCAUUCUUCAGGAUGUCUUCUUCGUUCUGACGGACCAGGACCACAAGGCCGGCUUCAAGACUCAGUCCAUGCUCUUGAUGCGCAUGUUCUACUUUAUUAGCCCUGCCGACGGCACCCAGCCCAAGAUCCAGGGUCCUAUUUAUACCCCAGAUCAGGCCCAGGGUUCCCCCAGCAACAAGGAGUUCCUCGGCUUGUUUGUGAGCAACCUCCUUCAGAACGCUUUCUCCAACCUGACUGCCCCUCAAAUCACCGCGUUUGUGGAAGGUCUCUUCACGCUGAACACGCAAUACGACAAGUUCAGACUUGCGCUGCGUGAUUUCUUGAUCUCGCUGCGUGAGUUCGCCGGCGACAAUGCUGAACUUUACUUGGUGGAGAAGGAGCAGAUGGAGCGUGACGCCCGGCAAGCUGACCUGGAGCGUCGUUCCAAGGUCGGCGGUCUGCUCAAGCCGUCUGAGCUUGAAGAUGAGGACCUCUGACUGGACCAAGAAUUCCGUACCGAGUUUGCGCCCUCACACGAAACCAAUACCGCAACAGCAGAGCCGCGGUCGGGCGGGGAAUAUGACGGCUGGGUUGUCUACGGGGUUUAGCAGGAUAUGCAGAUGGUAAGCUGAAUAGCAUGUCAUCCCAGGUUCUUGUUUCUUGGGAUUACGAUCUCAAGAUUUUAUUUUAUUUUCUUGCGCCAGCUAUGUGACGCACUUGUAAUGAUACCAUUAGAGAAGGGAACAAAGUUUGUUGGCUUUUUCUGUCAAAGGGACUUGUGGCUCCUCAUUUCAAAGAUUGGGCUGACGAAUCUGCCUAUUGUUGGGUGGACAUUUUGCUUUUUGUGUUUUCUCAUUGUGCGAUCGUUCUCUCUUAGCGAUGGGUUUGUGGAGGGGAAAGGAAAACAUGAAUGACAUUGCUAGUGUUGUCAGUCAAAUGUGAUGAUGACUGGCUGGCUCUUUGAUGAGAUGGAAGAGAAAUGGAUAUCGAGAUGCUAGCUAAAUAUCAAUAGGUAUAUUAGCAACAGGGUUCUCGGCUGGGUAAUAGCUUUUCUGAGACAGAAAUGAGAAACGUUUUAAAGUGAG